AUUUUGAGUUGCGAGUUUCCGUGUCUUACAGCCAGGUUCAGUACCUACGGUAACGUUUCUGAUUGUGACAGGUUUGUCUUUUUCUUUUUUUUCACUCGUCCUCUCACAUCCUUGGGCUGUCGGUAUGAGUUUCAAUAUCGGCUCGGAUUAAGAACAACAUUCAGUUUUCCAAAUACGUAAUCGGUGUGGUUUAGAAAUCGAUCAAGCCGCAGCCUCAGCUGUGUCGCGGCAGAUGUAGGUAGGCGGUCUCUUCCCGCCUCCUGCCUCGCUGAUUUCCCCGUCAAGAGCAGUCACGCCCCGUAGGUACUAAAUGGUAUAGUACAUGGUUUGUGUGAUAAGCUGAAGGUCCCGUGAUACCCACAGGACGCAAGAGACAUGGAUAUUUUUUUAGUGUUGUCAGCUUAUUGUUCGCACUUUCACAGUCUCAAGGAAAUUCGUGUAUUGUUGUGACAUCGUGCGAGUAAUAACGGGUGAGGAACAGUAGUGCGUCGCAGCCUUGAUGAGGCCAGCCAUGCAACCAUCCUGGGAAGGUUGUGGUGGUCAGGAUUGCCGAGGUAUCAUGUGCGAAGACAAUACACUUUUGAUUGACAAUUAAGAUAGGAGUAAUGGUGACGAAGCGGUACGAGGUUGGUUUAGCCUGUGUGGGGCGGGGCUGGGCCGAGGUGGCGGGCCGGGAGCGCUGCGGGGCCAGCCUAGCAACCCAGCGGACCCUCGUGUGAUGUGUCUGGGUGGCCGCCUGCCACACCACCACCCGUCGGCUUGAGGCCACUCAUCCGUGAUCACCAAUACUCCCGCUCCCUUCCCCAUCUAUCCCCCUUUCACAUAUUUACCCCUUCUCCUAUAACCCCUUCCCCUCGCAUUCCCCUGACUGACCAUCACCUCUCUGCAGUGCCUCACGGCCAUGCCUGCUCUCCCGUGUUGUCCUCCGUACCCUGUGACCCUUCUUUGUUUCGUCCCCUUUUUCAUCGUCUGCAAACUCGAUCCCAACUUGUUAUCUCUAAUCGCACGGACGAAAUACCUGAUGGAGUUCAGUAACAUUCCAUCGGUGAGCAGUGCCCAGCGCGAGCGCGACCCUGCAACUCUGCCCAAAGCUUUCCCGCACCCAGUUCGCUCCCACUGUCUGGCUGGCCGGGUGCGGGUCAUCAUGAGUGGGGGAAGUGAGUGUAAGGGAACGAGGAUGAGGGUGACAUGAAGGUAGUGAGUGUGAUUACGCUGGACGAAAGCUACGUAGGUGGUGUGGUGACCGAGGUGGAUGACGUGACCCUUUUUCUAUCCAAUAAUAGUCACGCGUCAUGCUUCGUAAAUACCAUCACGUCCACCUCCGAGGCGUCACCUUACAUACAUACCGCCGGCACUGCGCGGCUUCUCCCUCCCUUCGCCCCGCCAGCAGGAUGUGAGGUAGCAUGUCAAAGGACGGGUUUUACCAGUCCAACCACCAGCCUGGAAAUAAAACAAUGGACGGCCUGAGUCUUCCCUCCUUUCCUUCGACCACCUACUGGUAUGACGCUCACUCCACUGUGGGUAGCUCCCUCUACCCCACCAACGAUGGGCUCGGUGCGCCCUCCUACAAGGGGCACCACGUCGAGGCUAAGCUGGCAGAGCGAGACAGAGACUCAUUGGAGUGGUGGACUGAUAGUUUGUGCAUGAGUAAUGACCAGAGAACUAUAGAUCCUCAGUACUGGGGAGGUCAGCCCAGCAAGCGCGGCUAUGUGCCUCCCUAUGAGCGAAUGGAGCCCGAGGUGCAUCCCCCGGGCCAGCCCAUGGCCAUGCUGAACUUUGACGCGGGAGAGACAGAGUACAUGAACGUGUCGGAUUCAGUGAGGUCUGAGACGGACGAGAGGUCAAUGUGCUGCGACUCCCUCAGUAGCCAAGGGUUCUCCCCCACCAGUAGCAACAGUGAUAACCUGUCCAUUCAGAAGACGAGCCCCGAGCCCUAUACGGUGGUGGAUGAACAGAAAAGGUGUCAAAAGAGACAGAAAAAAGAGGCAAAGGAAAAAUCGAAGGAGGAUAAACGAUGUGGCGUGUGUGGCGACGCGGCCCGCAGCAUGCACUUCGGGGGCAUGGCGUGCGACUCUUGCAAGGCCUUCUUCCGCCGCUCGGUGCAGAGUGGCGCCUACAAGACCUUCCAAUGCCCUGAAAGUGAAAACUGUCCCAUCUCUAAGACCAACCGCAAAGUGUGUCAGUACUGCAGGUUCAAGAAGAGUCAGGAGAAUGGGAUGGAGAUCAGCUGGGUGAUGUCAGAAACAGAUCGCAUGGUACUCUGGAAGAAUAGGUUGGCAAAACAGCGCCAUGUUCAGGAGGAAAGGAUUAAAGAUAAAAUGUAUGGGGAUCUUCCACGGUCACUAGAUCCUCAAGAAGCUGACAAACUGAAGAACCUUACAGCGCUACAGGAGAACACAUUCAGCUCCAUCCCAUACCCAAGUGACUGUUAUGGGGAUACAGUAGAGGCCCUUGCCAAUCUCUUUGUCUGUAUUUGUAAAAAGCUUGGAAUGUUCUUCUACAAAAUAGAAGAGUUUCAAGAAGUGUGUAAGAAUGACCAAUCUCUUUUACUAAAAAAUGGCAUUGGUAUGUCCAUAUACUUGCAUGGAGCUUAUCUGUAUGACAAUGAAAAGAAAACUUGGCCAGCAGAGUCUAAUAAAGAAGCACUUAAAAUUCCCCCAGUAACAUUAGGAACACUAAGAAAAUUUACAGUUGUACCUGAAGCUUUUGAGGCAAUUAUGAAAUUCUACAACAAGUAUGCAAGGGAUCUAAAAGAUGAAAUUGUACUCUCCCUCAUAAGUGUGAUUGCUUUCUUCCAACCAGACGACCCACAAUUUCAAGAUCCUGGCAAGAUUCAGGACAUCCAGCUGAAGUACUUGGCAUACCUGCAGCACUAUUUGCAGGCCAAGGAAGGGGAUUCAGGGGUCAAGGUCACUUUUCCAAAACUUCUCGUUGGUCUUGCAGAUGUAAAAGAAAUCCUAGAAUUCCACAAUAGUGUAGACAUCAAGCCUACUAUAAAUCACCAACAGAUCUCCACACAUUCCUCAGCCAAAUGCCAAAUAUCAGCAUUAAGGGAAAUGUUUCCUGUGAUGUAUCAAGGAUUAUUUCCAGACUGUUCUUCAGUCCUAACAGCAGCAGAGCAAAGACUGCCCAUGUGGCAACAAAAUGCUCCCAUCAGAAGAGGGAAGCAAGUGAAACCAAGUGCAGUCUUACGCAGUGACCAGUUCUACCACCCCUUAACCAACCAGAUGUUUGGAAGAGAUCCCAGAACUGACAUGAUCAUCACUAACCCCAUGGAACAGCUUGAAAGGACUAUUCGUAAACAGUGGUUGCCUCCUGCGCAAAUAAGUGAUGUAACAGAUCGUCAGGAAAGGCCAGCGAACUACAGAGACUUGAAAGGAAGAAUUAUGUACACAGAGUCAGAGAGAACAUCAGCUUCAGAAGAAAGUUCAAAGAGACAACUAAAGAUUGUACCCAGUCAUGGUUAUCGGGAUCUAAAUGAGUAUGGUUCAGUGGAAAAGAAAAGAGCAGUUGAAUUUAGUACAGUGGAAAAGAAAAGAGUAGUUGAAGUUUUGUGUGAUGUUUUGCAACACAUUUCUUGUUCUGAUGAUGCAGAGGUUCAUUCACUAAAGCAAAAACUAUCCCCCCACUUACUGUCCAAUCUGGCACAAAGACUGUCUUCAUAGCAGUGACAUUACUACUAUUCUUCUCACUGCCAUGUAUGUACAACCGAAUUUUUUUAAUAUAGUGUAACAUAUGUAAAAUGAGUUACUACGUAUUAUGUCAAAUAUUUGUUUUAUUUAUUUAUUUAUAUAAGAGGAAUUUGUGUUUUUAUAUUCUUGUAAAGUUGCAAAAUCAUAGUAAUUAUUGUUUUAGGUAAAAUCAAUAGAGAUUGUAGUGUUAGGGUUUUAAACUAAAAUUUAAACUAUGCUGAAGCAUGCUUUUACUUUCAAAAGUGAUACACUUUAGUUAUAUGUUACUUUCCUCAUUAUCAGUAUUUAAUCAUGUUAAAUAUCAAUAUAUCAAAAUUCACCAGUAGUGUUGUAAGUUUUCAACAUUAUGAUUAAUCAAAAUAUUUUGAUUAUUUUUGUAGACAAUCUUUCCCCAGUUUUAGAGCAAAUAUAUGUAAUUUCGAAUGUUAUUAAACAUCUCGUUUCCUAUUAGUAUACGUGUAGUUACCAUUUCUUCAUCCAUGUACAAUCUGCCAAGUUUUGCUCAGUAAUUUUUUUCUUCAUUGUUGAGAGUCAUUUAAAUAUUAUUUUCAUAGUGAAUGUUUCCCCACAGUGAUUAUAAAGAACACAUUAGAAUAUAAUUUGUAUGUACAUAAUUACUUUGUAAUGAACUGUUGUACUACUCACCUGUUGAGAGGUGAGAGGUGAGACACCAGUAGUUACUGAAGGAGAGGGUCAUGUUAACAGUGAAGUGGCCUAAAAAGUUACCAAAUCCUUCCCACAAAGUGAAUUAUGCUGAAAUGCUUGUACAAAGUCAACUGGGUCAUUAUUACUCUUGUUAUUUGUACCCUGUUGAACAAAAGAUACUAUAACUUAUUUUCUGACAAUGCUGUGUUUCUUGGGUACAUAUAGUCUACAGCAGGUUCAAGUUUGAUGCUUGAUGACUGUUAUGAAUUGAAAUAAUUACCACUGUACAACCUUACACACUAAGUAUUGUAAGGUACAGCAGCUGGGGCCUGAGUCCUUGGUGCUUCAAGACAAAGGGUGGAUUUUGUCAAGGGAAGAAUCCUUUUAAUUAGAGAGGAACUGUCAGACUGGUCUAGGGCACAUUUGCUUCAGUCAUGUAGUUUCUUCAGCUUCCAAAAGAGUUUCCUUUUUAGUAGAGGGAGGAGAACUAGGGAAGGAGGAUGUGGGCAACUACAUUUGAACAGAUUAAAAGCUGUGGCUUAACCUCACCUCUUAGUACUAGAAAGGUCCAUAUACUGAUUUCAAGUUGUUCAUUGGCUCUACAAACUGUUCACUCAUAUUUUCAGUCAGUAAUUAUUAUUUGUGCAUCAAUGCAUUGGUCUUUUAAGUUCCAGUUUGACCACGUGGGACGUGGCAUAUCUGUGAAUGAACUCAUGUACAUAUCGGGUUAUCAGUGGAAUGUAUCAAUGUUCCAGUGCCAGUGUAGGUGGUGCACCUGGGCCACAAGACAAUGACUAAGCCUCACCUUAGGUAAGAAAACUAUGAGCAUAGUGAUGUGAAUAAAUCAGUUUCCACCUAUAAUGUUGGAUAAUAGUGUUGCCACUGUCCCUAAGAAAUGUCUGAUGUAUUACAAAGAAUGAUGUACUCAUAUGUACAGUAUAUUACAAGUCAGAGGGAUAAUUUGUUUCAGAGCAUCCUUUUCGGUUGAAAUGUAGAUGUACAACUAAAAACUUUGAUGCAUCUAUGGGCUACUAAAUCUUCUAAAAAUAAUAACUUUAAUAAUACCACUGUCACUGGACAAGGAGUACAUGUAGAUACAUCAGCCACAAACAGAAUGUAGUGUUUUGUUUAACCUUAUAACAAGUGUAUGGGUGAGGUAGGAACCCUGGAGCACUCCCCCUUAGAUGGCACUACGCUCUUGGGCUUACAGGAACCUAGGCUAUGGGCUUUGUUUUCUAAAUUAACUUUCUAUUUAUCUAUAUCAACAUAAUGAGCAAAUUAUAGAUAAAAAUAUUUCAUGACUCACUUCACAGCAUACUUAUACUUCAAAAAUAAAAUUAAAUAUGUUUUAAAUUCCAGAAAAUAUUUACAGAAAAGCACAGAAACAUAAGAUGACUGUUAUUAUGUUAUUGAUAUGUUGGAUGUCUUUGACACCCAACAUAUCAAUAACUUGACAACUAUAAAAGUCUCCUCAUCGACUCAUAUAAUUGGAAGUCACCACAUCAUCCAGAACACUGAACAUAUCAAUAACAUGUUGAUAAAAUCAUUCUCUUCUCAGUGACAUACAAAAAAUACACAGUAAAAAAAUCCUUGAUUUCUUGAAUUUCACUGCUUGGUGAUAAGCUUGUGAAAACUAAAAUGUAUUUACUUCAGUAUAUACUAGUCACCACAUGCGUAUGCUGUAGAGGUGUAAAUCUGUUAUGCAGAUAGGCUGGCAGCAUUGUUGAUGGUUGCCUCUCAAAGCCCAUGAUGCAUAGUGUCCCUGGGGAGUGUUCCUGGAUGGCACCAAUGGAAGAAUAGUCUUGAUGUUAGUGAUCGAAACUCACUUAUAGAAUCCUAAGUGUAAAGGUCUGCCAAAUAUGGAGAUAAACAUUUAACUGAUCAUAUAUAUAUAUAUAUAUAUAUAUAUAUAUAUAUAUAUAUAUAUAUAUAUAUAUAUAUAUAUAUAUAUAUAUAUAUAUAUAUAUAUAUAUAUAUAUAUAUAUAUAUAUAUAUAUAUAUAUAAUUAUAUUAGUCAUUAAUGUUCUCACUAAAUUAUCUUAAUGCAGUGGAAAAAAAAAAUCAUGUACACAGUAGAAUUUUAGGAUUCUUCCCAAAUAGCAUAUGACUGAAAUGUAUACGAUAUAACCCCAGAAGAUAUGAAGACUGUAAGCUAGGGUGUGGUAAGGCAAGAUUUGGCAACUCUGAACAAGUCACCAAUUCAAUACAUUGCAGUACACAAAAUGUACUAAUAUGUAAAAAAUUUUCAUGUGUUUGAUCAAGAUGUAUUCAGAGAAGGUAUUUAGCCUGGAAUUAUUGCUCAAGUGAAAUAGAGUAAAAUAUUUAAAAAGAGCUUAUGUAGAAGAGGUAUAAGUAGAGCUGCAUCAUUUCAUUCAUGUGUCUGUGGCAGAUUAUCAUAUAACUUGCUCAAAUGUUGUCAUUGAAUUUCACUCAUAAAAUGAUUAGCAGUUCAUUAAUUUAUGUAAAAUAAAGUUAUACAAGAGUUACAAUGU